AUGUGUUCUCAAAGCUCAGCAGAUUCGGUAUUGUUGCCUCAGCGUUCAGUAUUAUCCUCUUCCCUAUUUACAACUAAUCCGCUUAUAGCAUCACGUUCAAUGGAAUUUGGAAUGGAAAAAGUGUUUCAUGCAAUGGAAAUGGGUCAUAACGUUUACAAACUUCUAUUGCUCAAGCGACGCGAUCCAGCACAUAAAAGACUUACAUAUAACCGUGAGACGAGACAGUUAUUUUUGUCGAAACUGGGUAAUUCUGAAAAGGGUAGUGGUAAAACUCUACGAUUAGAUUUGCGAAUAGUGAAGGAGGUACAUACACUUGAUUUUAAGUUGAAAAAAAUCAAAAUCGGCGACAAGUGGGAAAAAGACAAAGAAAUCAAACAAUUUGAUGCAGCUAGAAUAUUAGUUUUGAGUUAUACAACGAGUUUCAAUUUGCGAUAUUGGAUUUUAUUGUUUGAUACGGAAGAUUUAUGUCGAAUGUGGUGUCAGGGUGUUCACUUCUUGAUGCUCGAUACAAUUUCUGCUUGUCAUGCACUUGUUAUAGAACGGUGGCUCAGAAAAGAGUUCUAUAAUAUUGCUGGAUAUGAUCUUGAAAACCCUUGCGUAGCAAUGAAACAUAUGAAGCCGUUCGUGCAAACAAAUUUGCAGUAUAAAGUACAAUCAAAACAGUUGCAAGAAGUUUGCGAGGCAAGUUAUUUUAUUGCAGAAAAACUUCUUACAAUCGAGAUAAUGUCUUAUGAUACUUUCGCAAAUGUCUAUCGCAAACUUCUUCACGCUAAUUCUCUUUUCGCAGAACACUUUGCAGUUUAUUCGGAUGACGCUGCUGUUGUUAGCUUCAACAAUUUCUUGCGGUUUCAGAAGGAUAAGCAAAACGAUGAAAUAGGGAUUAUUCGCGACAGAGCCAGUGAUUUUCUUAGGCGUUUCUUAAGAGAAUGGGAUCCAUCUAGAGAUAUUCCCGAGCCGGCCCUUAGCAUUACUGAGUUUUGCGAUUUCCUUUUUUCUCGAGAAAAUUCACUAUGGGAUUCCAUUAAUGAAAAUGUUAUACAUGACAUGAAUCGGCCACUAA